AUACAGACUGCAACGUUUCUUUCUACUGCUGGCUCUUGGAGAAGAUGAAGAUGGCUAAUAAAUUUCCUGUCGCCUUGUGUUGCAUGCUCUUGUGCUCUCUCGCGGCUGCUGCCACGCCCGGAUCUCGUCCGCUGGUGGGCGAGCUCAUCGGCACCAGGUUGUCGCUGCGCAUCGGCACUCCACCCAAAACCCAGCUGCUGCAGCUCGAUCUGGACGCUCGCGUGUCCUCCAUCAACUGCGGCCCCUCUCCCAGAUCCUCGUACCAGGUUAGUCUCAACGCCACCGAUGGCUCCAAUCCCACUGGUCCCGUGACAAUCCCCGGGGUCCCAUUCAAAUGCGGGUCACCAGUGGCUGCGCUGGGGAGAGGGAGCCAGGCGCUUCCAGCUCGAUUGUCACCCCGGAACAAGAAGAUCGUCACCUAUUGUCUCUCCCAGCAGGGAUCCUCGCCGAUCUUCUUCGGCGCGCAGGACAUCAACUUCAUGCCCAACAAGCGCCCCAUCUCUCCGCUGCUGCAGUACACCCCUCUCGUCUCCCCGCCCGCCCGCCAUAGCUACGCCAUCCGGGUCAACUCGGUCAGGGUCAAUGGUCAACGGCUCCCGGCGGUCAAGCCCGCCGCCUGGGCGCUGAGCAGCACGGUGCCGUACACCCGCCUCGUCACACCUGCCUACGUGGCGAUCCGCGACGCCUUCCGCAAUUUGACCGUCCCGCGCGUCGCGCCCGUUGCCCCGUUUGACACGUGCUUUAACGCGAGUGGGCUCGGGUCCACGCGCGUGGGGCCCCCCGUGCCGCCAGUGGAGCUCCAGCUGGAGGGAAACGCCACGUGGACGCUGUUUGGCGCCAACACCAUGGUGUUUUUGAAAGAUUCCACGGUGGCCUGCCUCGCGUUUGUGGACGCCGGCUCAUCAUCGCCUGGUCUUUCUGUGGUUGGAACGUUCCAGCAGAUGCACAAUCUGGUGCGCUUGGAUCUGGAGAAGCAGCGGUUUGGAUUCACCGGAAUCCUCUUCUUCUACCAGACCACUUGCUCCAAUUUUAACACCACCUUGGCCGCCCAAAACAGUGCCUCUGGUUUGAUUUUUUGAUGUCAUUGAUCGACUGAGGCGCGGCGCCCACUUGGAAUAAAUCAAAAACACUAGAAACAAAAAUCUGGUGAUCAUUUUGCCACGUGGCGGCGAUCCAGCGGCGUCCCGCCAAAACCAGCCGCUGAUCAUUUCAAAAUCCCGAUUUCUCAGCCAUUCGAAAGAUCCCAGAAGCACCACGGCGGCGCUCUGUCGGCCCACCGACACGUUUGCCGCGCCGUGGCCGUCAAACCGGCACCAGGUGGCAGCCAUCCAGCGGUCGAGCUCGAAAGGCC